AUGUAUAAAAGAGAGUUUAAGGGGAGUAUUUUUGUUAUUAUACAUACUUUAUCUCAGGAUAAGUUAUCAUGGGAUUACUAUUCCACCUCCAGUGAGCAUUUCUUCUUAGUUCAUAAGCAUGACCAUAAAGGAUUACCUAAUGGGAGCAUGGGUUUGCCCUUGAUUGGAGAGACAUAUGGCUUCUGCACCCCUCAUAAAUCAUUCUCCAUUGGCAAUUUCUUGCAACAACAUUGCUCUAGAUAUGGGAAAAUAUUCAAAUCCAACAUAUUUGGGGCUCCAACCAUUGUUUCAUGUGACUUGGAGCUCAACACAUUUGUCCUCCAAAAUGAAGGAAAAUUGUUCCAAAGCAGCUAUCCAAAACCUUUUAGCUUUAGUAUGAUAUUGAUGAGUGUGUUGGAGAUGGAACCUGGAGAACCACUUGGUUUGGAGUUAUUAAAAGAUUUCCUCACAUUUAUGAAAGGCUUUGUCUCCAUUCCAAUUAACCUUCCGUGGACACACCAUGGCAAGGCCAUCAAGGCUCGUAGAAGGAUCGCAUCCACAUUGAAACAAAUACUAAAAGAAAAGGACUCUUUUAAUGAGAUAAUGUUAUUGAAAGGAAAAUUAAGUGAUGUGGAAAAAGUGAGCAUUGUACUAGACCUUCUUUUUGCUGGUUUUGAAACAACCUCUGGACUUUUGUCUCUACUAGUUUAUUUUCUUGCUAAAUCAUCACAAGCUCUUCAAAAUUUGAAGGAUGAACACCGCACAUUAAGGAGAAAGAAAAAGAAGGGGGAACCUUUAAAUUGGGAAGAUUAUAAGCAAAUGGAAUUCACCAUGAUGGUCAUAAAUGAAACUCUACGUUGUGGAUAUCAUAUUCCAGCAGGAUGGAAAAUACUCCCUAUAUUUUCUUCAAUGCAUCUUGAUCCAUCGUUGCAUGAAAAUCCAUCGGAGUUUAACCCUUGGAGAUGGGCCGAUCCAGCCACAAGCAAAAAUGUGACCCCAUUUGGUGGUGGAUUGCGGAUGUGUCCUGGAUCCGAGCUUGCCAAAUUAGAAGCAGCUUUUUUCCUACAUCAUCUUGUCCUCAAUUACAGGUGGACAGUGAAAGAAGAUGAAUAUCCAAUGUUGUGCCCAUAUAUGGACUUCCCAAAAGGACUGAUAAUAGCUUUGGAGGCAGAAACAACUGAUCUUGAUGAAUUUCUUUAA